ACAUUCUGCAUGUGGUUUUGAGGUUAUUUUGUUGUGAAUUGUUGUUGCUAGAAUAAAAUUGAAAAAUGGUGAAAAAGAAAAUUGAUAACCGUAUACGAGUGAUGAUCGAGAAUGGUGUAAAAUUAGGGCAUCGUACUAUGUUCCUGCUCGUCGGUGAUAAGAGCAGAGAUCAGGUGCCUAUAUUAUACGACAUGCUUGUGAAAUCAACUGUAAAAUCCAGACCAACAGUACUUUGGUGCUAUAAAAAUAAAGAUGAAGCUAUCAGCAAUCAUGGACGUAAAAGAGCAAAGAAAAUAGCUGCAGGCAAGCUGGAAGUGUCGGAAGAGUCAUUGUUUGAUGCAUUUAGAGUUGCCACAACAAUCCAUGGUAGAUAUUACUCAGAGAGCCAUGCUAUGCUCGGUCAGACAUAUGGUGUGUGUGUAUUACAGGAUUUUGAAGCUCUUACACCUAACUUAAUGGCUCGCACAAUAGAGACAGUAGAAGGUGGAGGUCUCAUUAUAUUCUUACUUAAGACUAUGGACUCACUCAGACAACUACAUUCCAUUACUAUGGAUGUACAUUCAAGGUUUAAAACAGAAGCACAUGACACAGUGGUGAACAGAUUUAAUGAACGUUUUCUACUAUCACUUGCUGAUAAUCCUCGUUGUCUUGUGUUGGAUGACUCACUUACUGUGUUACCUAUUUCAUCAAAAACAGCUCAAGUUGAACCGGUCGAUGUACUACCUGAGAAAGUGAAUCCAAAGUUGACGGAUUUAAUAUCAUCUUUAUCGGACUCCCCUCCAGCGGGUCCGUUAGUCGCUCUCUGUCGCACUUACGACCAGGCGACCGCACUCGUCGCACUAAUCAACACGCUUGCUGAUAAACAAUCCAGGCCCCCGCAUUGUCUAACCGCAGCCAGAGGUCGUGGUAAGUCAGCAUGUCUAGGUCUAGCUGUGGCGGCCGCGGUUGCCCUCGGCUACGUCAAUAUCUACGUCACUUCCCCACAUCCAGAGAAUCUCAUCACACUCUUUGAGUUUGUACUGAAAGGACUCGACGCCUGUUUAUAUCAGGAGCACAUUGAUUACAACAUUGUACGCUCUACUAAUCCAGAUUUUAAGAAGGCGAUUGUACGUAUAAAUAUCGCUAGGAAUUCACGGCAAACUGUACAGUACAUAACGCCAGACGACCACUCUCUGCUGGCGGCGGCAGACCUGGUACUGGUAGACGAGGCGGCGGCGAUUCCUAUCGCCCACGUGUCGGCGGCUGCUCAGAAAGCACCGCUGGCGCUGCUCUCCUCCACUGUGUCAGGGUACGAGGGCACCGGCCGCGCGCUCUCACUCAAACUGUUCGCGCAGCUGCAGACUGAACACAAUGCACCGCCACCUAUAAAACUAGAAGAACCAAUACGAUAUCGUACUGGAGACCCAGUGGAGCGCUGGCUGAACUCUCUCCUGUGCCUGGAGGCGCCGAGUCCCUCACUGGGAGUGGGUGCUCCGCCCCCCGCGGCCUGCGAACUGCUAAGAGUCAAUAGAGAUGCUUUAUUCUGUUACCAUAAAGCUGCGGAAGCAUUUCUACAUCGUCUCGUUGCUAUAUACGUCGCAAGUCAUUAUAAGAACAGUCCAAACGACAUCCAGUUGUUAGCGGAUGCGCCGGCGCAUUGUCUGUUUGUGUUGCUCGCUCCGACACCGCCCAAGUCUACUUCUAUGCCUGAAGUGUUGUGCGUCGUGCAAAUGUGUUUGGAGGGAAAUAUAUCUGAUAAGACAGUACGCGACAGUCUCGGUCGUGGACGUAAGGCGGCGGGGGAUCUGAUCCCGUGGAACAUCUGCGAGCAGUAUGGUGACAAGGACUUCCCCAAACUAUCCGGAGCUAGGAUAGUCAGGAUAGCAACACAUCCCUCCUACCAAAGAAUGGGUUACGGCAAACGAGCGCUACAACAACUGGCUGCGUAUUACAGCGGGGAUAUUCCUUGUUUGGAUGAGACUGCCUCUGAUGAUGAGGACAAGACAAACGGACAGACAGACACGCUGCACACAGAGAGUAUAGUGCCCAGGACUAAACCACCGACUCUAUUAAAAAGGUUAACAGAAGUUAGUCCGGAACACUUAGACUAUUUAGGCACCAGUUUCGGCCUAACGGAAUCUUUGCUGAAAUUCUGGAAAUCGCAGAAAUAUGUGCCUGUUUAUUUAAGUCAAAAAGCGAACGAACUGACAGGCGAACAUUCGUGUAUAAUGUUGCGUGCGAUGUCUGAAGGGACGUGGCUCUCUGAGUACAGCGCUGACUUCAGGAGACGGUUCUGCAGACUGCUGCCUCGAGCUCUCAGGAAACUGUCCGCCUCACUCGCACUCACCACACUCCUCAAUGACCAUGUCACCGUACAUAAACCUGUCUUAACAAAGCAGUUGAUAAAUGAGCAAGUGUCGGGUCACGACUUGGGCAGACUGGAGAGCUACUGCAGGCAGCAGGCGGACUACCGCCUCAUCACCGACCUCCUCACACCCCUCGCAUACCUCGUCUUCCACACGAAGGCACCCCUCAAGCUGGACGCUGUGCAACAGGUGAUAUUUGUAGCAAUGGGUUUCCAAAUGAAAGAUGUAGAUGACAUAGCAUCAGAGUUAGGUCUGCCAGGGUCACAGAUCCUCGCCAAGUUCUAUGAAGCCUGCAAGAAGAUAAAUGCAACAGUUAACUCCGUUCUAGAAGAUACUGUGGCUAAGGAGAUUGGUAUUGAUGAGAAGACUGCAGAUUUGAACACCGAAGGUCCAGUGAAACAGAGCCUUAAUGAUGAAUUGUCGAAAGCUGCGAAGGAGUUGGAGCGCAAGCAGCGCAAGGAACUGUCCCGUCUGAUGGGCGAGGACCUGGCCCAGUACAGCAUCAGGGGCAGCGACCUCGACUGGAACCACGCCCUCGCCACCAACAAGCAGAAGAACAUCAUCUCUGUCAAGAGUGGGGAGAAACGUCUCGGCGACGACAGCAAGGAGAUAGACGACCUCAUAGAGUCGCACUCCAACAAGAAGAAGAAAAAGAAGAAACACGUCAGAAAUUGAAUGUCAUGUAAAUAA